AUGAGAAUAACAACAGUUGCCGUUCCACUCCUUGCUGCCAUAACAGUUGCUUACGCCGGUGGUGAUGAAUAUCAUCGUCAUGGCCAUCAACAUCACCAUCAUCAUGAUAAUGAUCAGCAUACUAAGUUUCCAGACUUCAAAGAGUGUGAAGCUGUUGACGAUCGAGCCAAACAAAUCAAAGACGCCUUUCUUCAUGCUUACAAUGGUUAUCGGGAAUACGCAUGGGGCGCUGAUGAGUUACUACCUUUGACAAACAAACCAUCCAACUCACGCAAUGGAUGGGGUGCUACCAUUAUUGAUGGCCUUGAUACAAUGAUCAUCAUGGGCUUGGAGGAUGAAUACAAACAAGCACUCGAUUUCAUCAAGAAUGACCUGAAUUUCAAUACAUCGAUUGGUGAUGCAAAGGGAUUUGAAACUGGUAUUCGUUACUUGGGUGGUCUGAUCUCGGCGUAUGACCUUGCUGGCGAUUCAAUUCUGCUUGAAAAAGCCAAGGAAGUGAUGGAUGAUGUCUUGUUGCCACUUUUCUCAUCACCACCAGGUGCUCCCUAUACAUACAUGAAUGUCAAUAGCAAAAAGCCUGUAAAGACCAACACAAUCAAUCUUGCAGAAUUUGGUACUUACACGCUCGAAUUCACUCGUCUCUCGCAAAUCACCAAGGACAACUCGUAUGCCAAACUUGCCAACAAGCUGGUCGAAGAUGCCAUUAGCCAUGACAGUGUUAUGCCGGGAUUGUAUCCGACCCAUUGGGAUAUUAGCGGCGAGACGAUGAAGCCAAUCAAGAGCAGCAUUGUGACCGUGGGAGCUGGUGGUGACAGUUUUUACGAAUACCUUCCCAAGACCUUUUUGCUCACGGGCAACAGCCGAUACAUGGAUGCAUGGGCCAAGGCAGUUGAAAGCAUCCAAAAGUUCCUCUUGUCACCCACUGCUCAAGAUCCCAACAUCCAAUUUGUUGCCAGCAUUACCAAUGGCACCGUAUCUUAUGCAUCGGAUGAAUUGAUUUGCUUUUGGCCAGGAAACGUUUUACUCGGCAUCACUCAGCUCAAUGAAGGUGAUCAAACCGAUUCCUUCCGUUCUUUUGCCGAUACAUUUAUGAAGUCAUGCAUUCAAACUUGGAGUGACACAGCCACUGGUAUUGCACCUGAAGUAUGGAGCUGGACACCCAACAAGGGGGCUACUGAAGGUGCCCUUGGUCAACAGUAUGAUGCCAUCGGUGAAAUCCUAAAGGACAUCAACCUUGGCGAGAAGCAUCAUGGCGACCAUAAUGGUGGCCCUGUAUUCAAGAUUGAAGGAUCAGCAUACAAUCUUCGCCCAGAAACAAUCGAAAGCUUGUUUUAUUACUACCGUGCUACUGGUGACGAGUAUUACAAGGAAACGGCAUGGGAAUGGUUUGAGAGUAUCAAAAAAUACACAAUGACCGACUCGGGCUUCACAAUGAUCAACAAUGUUGAUUCUACUGCAGAUACCCGUGGCAACUUCCAAGAGAGCUUUUUCUUCGCCGAGACCUUGAAGUAUCUAUACCUCUUGUUUGUGGAUGACAAGUGUAUUUCUUUGAACAACUACGUUUUCAGCACCGAAGCUCACCCCUUCAAGCUUGAACGCAGCAUCAAGUACCAAGAAGUAUGA